UUUCCUCAAGUCAUCCACACCAUCCGCAUUCAGGAAGUUGCCUGGCUCCGCAGAGGGAGGCUGGAAAAACUCCUCUACGUCCACUCGUAACUAAUAGAAGGCCAUUAAUAGAUUGUUUUUUGUUUGUUUGUUGCAACCACACAAGGAGACGAUGGAGGAGGUCGACUCAGUGUUCUACACUGACCACAGUGGAAGAGUCAGUGGCAACCCACUGUUGGACCAGCUUCCCAGCUACCAGUCGCUGCUGUACCGCCGCAAGUCGUCCAUUGUCGCCUCCAAGCGAAGGAGCAGCUCCAGGGCCCGACUCGGCUCCUCUGGCAGUGGCAAAUGGGGCGUGAGCACAUUCGGCCGAAAUGAGGAGAAACCAAAGAGCCAGGCGGCUCAGAGGCCCGUCCGGGAACUACCUAAGACCAUGGCCGAGAAACGCAGAGACGAAACACAGCGCCUGGAGGAGAAUCGAGAGCUCGACCGGUUGGGACAGCUGAGGCUAAGCGCCCGCAGGUUUCUGAGGAGGCUGAGGGAGGAUGCUCAUGAAUGGCUGAGCUCACUGAAGCUCUGGAGGGGGGACAUCCACCUCAUAGAGGGGAUGUUCGGCACAGGUAUCCUGUCCUACUUCUCCUUUCUGCGCUUCCUGGUCACGCUCAACUUGAUCAUCUUCGUGCUUAUGUUCAGCUUCGUCAUGUUACCCAUCAUCAUAGCCCCGACCGCUUCGGGCAAUAUCACCUACAGCCAGAACGACGGAGGACCGUGCGGGGUUUAUCCAAGCAGCGCCCGUAGGGGUCUGGUCAUCUUCCAUCAGCACAUUACAGAUCUGCUGUCUGGUGGAGGCUUUCUGGAACAGACCUAUCUUUUUUACGGCUACUACAAAGUGGACAAAAUACACUUUCCGAAAGCCACUUACAAUUUGCCGCUGGCCUACCUGCUCGUCACUAUUGCCUACCUGUUCCUCAGUCUCAUAUGGAUUGUUAAAAGGUCUGCCACAGGAUUUAAACGGAACCUGGUUCAGGAUGAGGAUCGCUUUCAGAGCUUUUGCAAUAAGAUUUUUUCAGGCUGGGACUUCUGCAUAACAAACGAGAACGCCGUGCGCCUGAAGAGAAGCAGUUUGCUGUACGAGCUCAGGACGGAUUUGGAGGAGGAGAGAAUCAAACAGAAAAUAGCAGAUCGCACCAGUAGAGAGAGAUGUCGGAUUUACCUCAUCCGCCUGGUUCUCAACCUUUUUGUUAUUGCUGUACUGGCUAGCUGCUUCUACAGCAUUUAUGAAGCCACCGUCUUCUCACAGAGAGAACAGAUGAAAAUGAAAAAGGAGAAUUUCAUUGUGGAUCUUGUCUAUGAGUAUCUACCCUCCAUUGUCAUCACCAUGGCCAACUUCAUCACCCCACUCCUCUUCUCCGUUAUCAUCAACUAUGAGGACUACUCGCCUGCGUUCGAGAUCCGCUUCACGCUGAUGAGGUGCGUCUUCAUGCGGUUGACCAGUAUUGGGGUUUUGCUCUUCUCUCUCUGGUCUCAGGUCACUAAAUGUGAUAACGGGGAUUGCAUUUGUGGCUAUAACCACAAGCUUUACUCCUGUUGGGAGACCCGUGUGGGCCAGGAGAUGUACAAACUCACCAUCUUUGACUUCAUCAUCAUUGUCGCAGUCACCAUCUUUGUGGAGUUUCCCAGAAAGCUGAUUGUGAAUUACUGUGACUGUGGCCUGGCUAAGUGGUGGGGCCAGCAGGAGUUUGCUAUUCCUCAGAAUGUGCUCGAGAUCGUCUACGGUCAGACCAUCUGCUGGAUCGGCACGUUCUACAGCCCGCUUCUACCGGCCAUCUGCACUAUAAAAUACAUCUUCAUCUUCUAUAUCAAAAAGGUCACGUUGAUGUACAACUGCCGUCCGGCCACGCGUCCGUUCCGAGCUUCCAGCUCCAACUUCUUCUUCCUGGUCGUGCUGCUGAUAGGCCUCGCUCUGGCCUGUCUGCCCGUCUCUUUUAGUUUGGCACAAAUAAAGGCUUCCCAGGCCUGUGGACCGUUUGUUAAUUACACAACCUCCUGGGAGGUGCUGCCAAAGACCGUGUCUCAGCUGCCUCAUGGAAUCAAAACACUCCUCUUUGCUCUCUCAUCCGAGGCCUUCGCUGUCUCCUUCUUUGUUGUCACGUGUUUGGCCAUGUUUUAUGUGAUCGCACUGGCUGGAGCUCACAAGAGAGUUAUUAACCAACUGAGGGAGCAACUAGCUAUGGACGGCCGUGACAAGCGUUUUUUAAUCCAAAAGCUGUGCCAGGCCCAGAAGGUCUCAGCUGUCCAAUCACCGGUGUCCAAAUCCCAACCCCGCAGAAGCGGCAGCAGAAGCAGCCCCAGCUAUCACACCAGCUUCUCCAACAACUUUAAUGAAGCUGUGUUUCUGGCACAGCCACCUCCUAACUCCUCCACGCAUGUGUGAAGCCUGAUAUUACAGAACAAAAGCCAGGUACCGGAUGUGGGACAAAGGAUAUUAGCUGCUAUGGCCCUCCUUACAUGUAUGUGUUGUUAUAAAGCUUUUAGGGGGCUGCAAUGUUUUAAGUAUUUUUAAACCAGAACUAUUAUUGCUUGUAUGGUGUUUUGUGGUGGGAUUUUUUCUUGUGAUGUGAAUAUUUUUUCCUUCUGAGAAGGACUUGAAUUGCUAUAGCUGGAGUUUGAAAGACUUUUCUAUAUUGUCUGCACUUUAAAUGUAUUAACACUAGUGUUUUCCUAUUUUUAUAACUUUUGUGUUUUCAGUCUUCAAUGUGUGUUUUUAUCAUGAUCAAAAAUAAUAAUGCAAACUAAUACAUUUUCCACCUGUAACUACGUAAACAUAUUGUUUAUUUAAAGAUUUUAUACACCCAAAUAGUGUAUAUAAAAUCUACAUUUAACACAUCCCCCAUUGACAUUAAACAAUUAAUAUUAAGGGUAAAAAAAACACACACACACAUAUAUAUAUAUCACAAACGCAAAUCACAAACCCUGAACAAAUUUUGUAUUACGUCAAAUUAUCAAAAAAUGUAUUAAGUCAAAAAGUGCCUACCACUGAAUAUGUGAAUCAUGUGGAGAAAUGGAAGCGCCGCUGUCUACCAAAGAACAAAUUAUUAAUAUACAUCUUGGCCGUAGGAUUUUGAUCCAGUAUUUUUACUCACUCAAAUGAUAUAACAAAGGUUACAUACAACUGUCGACAUUUUGCUGACUCAUUGUGGAUGUUGGGUUGUCUUACUUCUUUAUCAUUCACUCACUGUAACGCUGGUGACUGGACAAUAAACACUGAAACGCA